UUUUUCAAAUAACAGAGUCCACUUCCGGCGGUGCACACAACAGGAUAUAACUGACGUAGGAGUUCAAAACCUGUGGAUUCUGGAGUAGAAGUAAUGCAUCUGUAUCAUGUCGAAGUAAGGAAUGCAUAUGUGUGCCGUGUUGACCACUACAAAGUGAGAUGUAAUAAGCUGUAUCCGGUUGCGGUAGAACUGACAGUCAUACUUAAAAGUGCGCAAACAUUCUAGCGAAAACUUAAAAAGCGAAAAGUAUGAGCUGCUGUCUAACCUACAUAACAUUUGGGUUUUUCUGUUCUGUUGUGCUCCAAGAGACUUUAACUUUAGAACUAUUUGGAGCAAUUACUCCACAUACAAGAAGAGUUAUUCUGAAUGGAACACUGGAAUUGAACUGCACAGUUCAGAAUGGAAUAAAUACGUCGACAUUGUAUUGGGAAACACCAGAAGGAAAAGCCCCGGGCGACAUAACGUUCAUUAUAGGAAGCUAUACAAUUCAGCUGAGAAAAAAAGUCACCAGUAUAUCGGAAGAAGGCACUUACCUCUGUAGAAGUACUAGUGAAAAGCAAAUAUCGAGAAGUCCACGUGCAAAUGUUUUUGUUGAGUAUGAAGCUGUACGUAAUGUAACUAACUUUACCUGCAUGGUAAUUCAAGAAAAAGACGAACUUCAGUGCAAGUGGGAAUUAGGGACGUAUAUCCAUGAAGAAUAUUUAAGUAUCUUGCCUUCUGUGUCUUUUGAUGACGGUUACCAUUUCUUGGACUGUCCUGAAGAAUCUCCACACGAGAGCUGCACUUGGAGCCAAAAUGACGGGGACAUUUAUUCCAUUUUAAUAUGGAUCAAACUGACAAUCACCAAUACGGAAUUCAAACUGUCAAAGACGUUUUUCUACUUCUUCCGUAGUAAAGAAAUACUACGACUUGGACCACCUACAGACAUUGAAUCUCAGGUAAUGUCUUCCUGUACCUGUGUCAAGCUCAACUGGAGUUCUGGAGAAAGAUUCAUGGCGACAUCAACAAAGAUUGUUCUCAACUCUAAGUGGAAUGUCACCCCUAGGGUACAGGUGAUAGACUACGGCGAAACAGCGAUGAUUUGUGGCCUCAUUCCCAAUUCUGUGUAUGAGUUUGAAAUACAACAGAAACCGAGUGUGGGUUUCUACUACAGCGAUUCCACAACGGCUAAGUUCAAGACUUGUAUAACAGCUCCAACAAUUGGACCGGGACUUUUUUCCAGUGGUUAUUCGGCGAGAGAGUGUGGCACUUCCUCGGAACUUCGCACAGUUAUUAUUUAUUGGAAGAAAAUUCCUGAAAUGUAUCAGAAUGGCGCUAUACACAAUUAUACAGUUAUCUCUGACGGUUUGGAGCACUAUAGCUUUGGAGCGAGUACUUUUUACGGAAGCCUGUUGGUGCCAUGUGAAGGUUGUCACAAUCUCAGUGUAACUGCCUGUAACUCUGUUGGUUGUUCCCCGCAGUCAUCUAUAAUCAUCAUGGACCACAAAGAACUACAACCCCCAGACAAGUUGAUUGUGGAGAGAGAAGAUGAUGAUGAUAAAUUACAUUUGUUUUGGUUCGGAUCUUCUCAGGAUGCCUCACAAGUACAAAUUAUUUGGUGCAAAGGGGAGGUUGUUAUUCAGAAAUGUCGGGGUGAAAUCAACGUACUACAAAAAGACAUCAGUCUUACUGGAAAUCACGAGGUGGUUUCUACACAAGACAUAAAUGAUUCGGUAGAUGACUCCUUUUUUGGUGUUGCCUUCUUAAGUGGUGCAAAUUUAAGUAGUGGUAUUCGCUGGCAGGAAACAUGCAGAUAUACUAAAGGCAGUGAGAUUAAGAAGCCGUCAAAUAUUAAUCUACUUCCGGAUCCCUCAGAUAAGAAUCUUAUUGUGUCAUGGUCUCCUAUCAAGUGCGACAGGACGAGUGCAAAAAAUGCUUACGUUCAUUCUUACAGAAUACAAUAUUGUCAGUUGGAUGGACUUAAUAAUUGUAAAGAGGACAAAGCCAGUGCAUCUAUUCCUGCUGAUGGCAUGACACGGUACACCAUUGUAGGCCUUAUACCUGAAAAGAAAUAUGGUAUUUGGGUUGCGGCAGUUUCUCUUGGAAAAAAUAUUUCAACAAGUGAUAUGAUCAUUGGAACUCCUAUAAGUAACGAUUUGACAAAUAGUGAUAUCUCUCUUAUUGUUGCUGGGAGUGUUCUUGGUUUCAUUCUUGCAAUAUUUGGUUUUGUUUGCAUCACCAGACAAGUAAUCAGAAAGAUUGGUUUUCGAGAAAAAUUUCCCAUUCAAACUAUUCCAAUUGAAGGUAGCGAACAAACUAAAACCAGUCGAUAUAUAGAUCCGGAUUAUACUGAAGAGGUUCUUUCCUUUAUGCAAACUGAGGUAUCUGAUCUCCCUCUAGAGUACAAACAGUACACGAAAGAACUCAACAGAGAUAGUGGUCACAGCAGCAACUCCUCAGCACAAAGUGAUUCACAUUUAAACCAUGACUAUUUGUUGAUAGAAGAUCAGAAACCUCAUUUUUAUGCUCACAAGUCAACAAUCAACUAUUCAGAAAGAAUAUUAAGAUCAGAUACAAACGAAGAGUUGAGAUCGUCUAGCAGUGAAAGCUUGACGUAUAUUCCCCCGCUUAAAGAAAUCAUGGAUCCUGGCAGAUCCUGUGGGGAAGAUAAAGCUUUGGUAUACAAGUACAAUAAAGAUUCCAUACAAAACCAGCUUGGGGAAUCAAAAUGCCCUAAAGAUGUUGACUAUUUGAGUAAAAGCACACUUCAAGGAAAGUCUGAGCUUUCUUCAAAAGGAGACCAUUCUGAAGAAUGCAAAGGUACCGAAGUUGAGAGUUUAAUGGACAGUGGGUAUUUGCAGAACACAGCAAUACCAGGACAAAAUCUCAGCGCAGAGACAAUAUCUGAUUAUAUAAGUGGAAAGUUAUUCACCAAGAACUCAAGAGAAUGUCUUCUUAACAAAUAUUCAAGAAAGAUUACUCCAGUGCUCAAAACAUAUAAGAAGAAUAUGGAAUUUAAUACCAACAACCAAACAGACUCUUCCAAUGAUGAUUCAGAUCUCAAUAGUUCUAGUGCAUCCGAUAACAUAAUAGUAUCUUCAAUUAAUCCAGUUCCCCAAUCAAUCAGUCUGUGCAGUUCUAGUUCUAACCAAAAUGAUCAAAUGGGAAAUUUCGAAUUAAUACAGACCAAGAAUAUGGUUGAUUGCAAUGAUUCCUACAUUCCUUUCGAAGCCUCUUUACAACAGUCGCAUUUGUGUUACUAAAAUGUGAACUGUUCAGACAAAUACUCGUUGACUACAUGAUUACAACUGUUGACAUUUAAGCAAUAAGAUUUAAAGUAUAGUUUUUAUUGUCCAUCAUAGGAUUUCAUUAUGCACAAUAAAAAACAUAAUCAUACAUUGAUAUAUAAUUCAAUGACCAUUUACAGUAUACAAGUUUUCUUCAAGAUAACUGUGAAUUAUUCAAAUUAUUUUAAAGAAGAAUGUACAAUUUAGUCCACGUACAUUUUUCGACCAGGUUUUCUUUAUUCACAUUUUGUAUAGUAUAUUAAAGAAGAUAUUGAAUCUUAAACUACAAACCGUGUUGCU